UGAGUCGGGACUUUGUCUCCCAGGGGCCCUUCUCCUCUCCCUGCCUAUAAGAGCCUGACCUCUGUGGGUCGCCGUUCUGACAUGUUCUCUGGGCCCAUCUCGGAAGCAGCCAACAUGACCCUGCAGUGUACCAAGUCAGCAGGACACUGGAAGGUGGUGGUAUGGGAUGAAGAAGGCUUCCAGGGCAGGCGGCACGAGUUCACCGCGGAGUGUCCCAGUGUGCUGGAGCUUGGCUUUGAGACUGUCCGAUCGCUCAAAGUGCUGAGUGGAGCGUGGGUGGGUUUUGAGCACGCUGGCUUCCAAGGACAGCAGUAUGUGCUGGAGCGCGGCGAAUACCCCUGCUGGGAUGCCUGGAGUGGCAACACUGCCUACCCGGCCGAGCGCCUUAGCUCCUUCCGCCCAGUGGCCUGUGCGAACCACCGUGACUCUAGGCUGACCAUCUUUGAACAUGAGAACUUCCUGGGCAGGAAAGGAGAACUGAGUGAUGACUACCCCUCUCUCCAGGCCAUGGGCUGGGAUAGCAACGAGGUGGGCUCCUUCCAUGUUCACUCUGGCGCUUGGGUGUGCUCCCAGUACCCUGGCUACCGGGGUUUUCAGUACGUGCUGGAGUGUGACCACCACUCGGGCGAUUACAAGCAUUUCCGGGAGUGGGGCUCUCAUGCCCAGACCUUCCAGGUGCAGAGUGUCCGCAGGAUCCAGCAGUGAGCGGAGGUG